GCGUAUGAUUCAUUGGCCGUUAGCCGCUAGUAUGCAUGGAUCUAUCCAUGCAGAAUACAUGGUGUCUGGUGCUUUGAGACCGUACAAUAAACGAGGACAGGAAGCUUCGCUACGUAGGAUAACGGUUUUUGAGGGUGUAACGAAGAUAUAAAGUCCACGUGUUGCAGUCUAAGGGUCAGAUAGUGCGGUGACCGGAAGUAAUCGAAUAGCUCUGAGACACGGCGCAUAACGCUGCGGAAUCAAUACUUCUGUCAGGAGUCACGCGCUUGAGUAGAAGAUUUCCAACUGCCGUUGAAAUUGUGUCACAAAAUCGAAAUAAAAUGACAUCGAUGUGGCUAGUCCAUGUAGUUGGCUUUGCACGACGGCUCGGGCAUGGGGCACACGCGUGUGGCGAGCAGUGCGUUUUCACACAGGGUGCAGAUCCCAGCACAUUUUUAUUGUAUUUUCAACGUAAUCGCUAAACCUAUUCCUUGGGAGACUGAGACCGAUCCCCAAUUCACACUGUUAUGAAUCUUUUACAAACAUCGCUAGCAUGAUGGCCUACAAUCGGUUCAGUGUUGUGUUAAUUGCGGCGGCUGCCUUCGUUUGUGGGCUUCUCCAAAUUCCAGCGUCUCUGUGGCUCUCCUCAGGUGCUUCUGCUACUGGUGCUCAAGUAGUCAAGAGUUCCGCAAACUCGUCAAGUGAUGGCACGGAGCAAAACGCCCGCAUGAUCAGUAUCGAGCAGAUCCAAGAUUUAUUCACGGCGUUCGUGGGAAGUCAGUUCGCAACAGUGCAGGAGAGACUCGCCGUUGAGGCACUCGUGGACUGGGCCGUCGCAGAAAGCGAGACUGAAGUUUCCGAGGAUCAUGGUAAUUUUGAGUCAGACGAAAAUAGCUUUAAUGCGGUCGUCACCAGGGUAGCAAACUCUCUGAUAGCAGCCAUGCCUACAGGGGGGGAUGGUGAAACGAAGAACUCUUCUGCAUCGCGGGGCCAAACUAGUCUGUCGUCCUUCCAAGACAUUGAAACGUUGAUACAAAAGAAGAAAGCAUUGAGAGAUUCCUAUGAGAGCGUAGCUGAUGCCUUCUGGUCUUUUGUGGAAUUUUCUCGAAUGCUGCCGCGUGUAACAAAGAACUCUUCGACGAGCGUUUCCGAUUCCUUAGCUGAAUUGACGGCGCCGACAACAGUAGCGGUUACGGGAACACCAGGAGAAAGAAAUUUCUAUCGCCCAUCGGCAGGCAAUUCCGAAGUAACUAUGUUCCUCAAUGUAUCGCCGAUGGUGCUGCUUAACCGGAUUUGUCGAGGCCAGCGAGUGGCCUGCGCCGAGAUGUUUCAGCUAUCGUUGUACAGUGCGAUACAAGAAGUUGCAAACGACGACAUGUUCACACAGGAUCGCCUCAAAAUGGGAAAUGUGGGACUGCGAGGCUCCGGAGUACAGCAAGCUAUCAUCAUUUAUGACGAUGGUGACCUGCGCUUCGCCGAUGUUUUGGAAUCCGCGCUAGACGAUGUUCAGUUCUGCAGAGAAGAUCCUUCACGUCCCAUCUGUCAGACGAUCACCGGUCAAACUCUUGCGGAGAGCAAUAUCACGCCGAAGGUCAUAAGCAAACGUGUUAUAGAGUAAUGUUAUUAUGCUUUCGUACGCUCAAAGGUUCCACUCGGUGAAUGCCUUUUUGUGUUGAGAGGCUCCCACUUCCCUCAACAAUGGUUCUUGCUCUUUUGUUGUCUAUAACUUGCCACCGCGGCAAAUCUACGCACGCGACUGCUGGCAAGGAUGACAGUCUCUGCACUCUUGUUGCUGGUGCACUCGAAAGAAAUAAUGUGCAUCGUAGUUCGAAAUACAGAAACAUCUGCCACGUGGAACGGUCCCUAUCGGCGCACCACUGCUCUAGAGGGGCAGAUGCUACAGUCUCAAGGCUGAAAGACUUACAAGUCCCUAGAAUGGAACACAAUCAACGUUGUUACGGAGACGCGAAUUCGUGCGCGAGCCGGUACUUCAGAACACAGUUUCUUUUCGUGGUUAGCAGACUCUGUCCGUCCAUAGUCUUACAGUCAGCAGUUGCACUCCGAUCGUCGGCACCGUGUGUCUCGCUGUCUCUAAAACGUUAAUGCAUAUAUGGA